AUGCGCUUCUCAUUCGUUCUCCUCCUCGCGGUCCUCGGUUGCUUCUUGCUGGCCCGGGAGGGUGGUGCCACAGGCACCUCCACCACCGUGGCCUCCACCAGCAGCACCACCACCACCAGCUCCUCGGCCACCACCACCACCGCCGCGACGUCCACUGCCACCACAACAGUCGCUCCCUCCACCGCCACCACCACCGUGGCCUCCUCGACCUCGGACACGACCACGGCGUCGUCCUCCUCCUCGGGAUCGUCGGGCUCGGCAGCGGCCAGGCGUCGCAGACGUCGUCGUCUGGCUCGUCAGCGCCAGCGCCGUGAGCGCCAGAGGCAGCGCCAGACCCAGAGGCUCCGCAACCGGAUCCAGAACCAGCGCCGCGUGAUUAACCAGCUCGAAGGUUAA